AACUAAACACAAGAUUCUGGAUAAUUAUUUAGUACAAACAAGAUGGGGCAGAGGACGGUCAAAGCAUAUAAUAGAAUGUGAGGUUAAAUAUGAAAUAAAUAAACCUGUAUUUAUAAUUAGGUUUGAGGAUAAUGGCCAAAAAUUUGUAAUAGAAUCGAAGGAUUCUUCGACUAAAGCAGCUAAUGAAUAUUUACAAAAAAGAAAUCCAAAUACGCAAGCCAAAGUUUCUGGAGUUCAUGUGUUUGGGCUUAAUGCAACAAACGUAGAAAAAGAGCGAGAAAAAAAAAUUCAUUCUCAUUCUUUCAAACCAUUUCACAUGUUAAGCGAGUCUAUGAAAACCAAACGUUUCCAUGCAUUUUCAACGCAAGUUGAUACUGCCUUUAAAAAUGUAAUUCCCAAGUUCUAUAAUCUGAUUGAUCAACCAGCCCUUCAAGAGUUACGAUUUAAUGUUCAAGAGAAGGAUUAUGUUGUUAGUUUUCACAAAAAUAGAGAAAAAAAUAAUCAACAUACUGAAGCGAUUACAAAAAUUAUUGAUCAAAGUCCAAUUUCUAGAGAUGUUUAUAGAAAGUUAGCUGCUCUUCAAUAUGAACUACCACAUGAUCACGCCAUUUUAAGUACUAGAAAAAAAAUUAAUGAGGAGAUGAGUCAACAAAUUCCUAUUUCAAUUUUAAACAUUACAGACAUACCUCUUACAUUUAUAGCUAUAAAUGAGUCAUCAGAUAUUAAUGAUCCAGAAAUUGAAGAAGAGAUGCUAAAAUAUAUUGGCAAGGCAGGCUAUCGACACAUAACAGACAUCUUACUCUUUUUAAUUCCAGGCCUUGUAGAUCAUAAAGUUUUAAAUAUAAAUAAUCCUGUAAUCCAUAUCUGCAUAUCAGGUGACAGUAGAAACGUAGGUAGAAAAAUCAAGCAUGUAAUGAUUACAUAUGUGAUUCUAGACGAUAUAUCAAAUCUUUACAAUGCUGAUUAUCACCAUACGAUCAUUUUAUGCCCUGGGUCAGAAAACUAUGAUCUUUUAAAGAAGGUGACAGCACCGGUAGUUAGUGAAUUGGAUAAUUUAAUAAAAAAUAGGUUAGACGAUUUUACUGGAAUCAAAUGGAAAAUA